AUGGUGGAUUCCCCAAAACCUGGAAAGCUUUCAAAAUUGGGUAAAUUGUUUGGUAAAUCGCAAACAAACUUACCCACAAUGCUGCAGCAAUCGGUUUCUGGUAAGCCCAAACUGCCCUCACCUACAAGAGAAGCCCAAGUGAAACCACAGGAAGUUAAAACUGAGUUGCCAAAGGCACCAGUGGAGAAAGUAAAGGAGUCAUCUCUUCAAACUAAUACGUCAUCGAUAAUUUCGCCUGCCACUUCUGAUAUUACAUCACCACAACCUAUUUCAAAUGAUGAGGAUUUUAUACUAUCCCAAGUUGAAAAUGACGAUGUGUCACCAUUGCGACAGAUUAAACAACCUCAACCACAACAACCGCACAAAUCGUCACCUUUGGCCCAACAUUCUCAACCGCCCCCAUCACUCAACCAGUCUAAUAACUCAUCACCAAAGUUGGCAAGAACCAGAUCACAGUCUCCUGUGAAUGGUUCUGUUUCAAAUACCACUUCACCCAUGCUGAUAUCGUCCUUGGACAACAAGUUGAAGAAGCAUACUAUUUCAUCUGCGCCUCCAGCUGCUUCCAGUGAAAGACAUCCGUCCGUUUCAUCCAUUCCUUCUAGUAGACCAUCACCAAAUGUAUCUCGCUCAUCGUCAAGAAAGAUCGCUCAGCUGAUUAAGCAAGCAGCGUCUUCAUCAAGUGCUCAAUUGACGAAAAACAAGAACGAUUCAACAACGUCACUAAAUUCAUUGGCACACCAGCCUCAACAACCACCGCAAUUGCCAAGGUUUGUCAUGUUAGAAAAUGGAAACCAUCAACAUCAUUUGCGAUCGGCUAAGCGUCAUGAAAAGUUGUCAAACAUGUUGAAAGAUUUGUUGGGAGCCAAGAAGUUGCGAGAUGAGGCAAAGAGUGCUGUACCUGAUUUGGUGGGAGCCAUGCAGUCAUCCACUUCACAAUUGCAGCAACAGCAAUCUGGUUCAAAUGCACCUAAACCACCAACUUUGUUUGCUGGAUUGGUGACACAAGUUAAAAAUCAUACUAGUCCUUAUCAUCAACCGGGUACUGCUGAUGUCAACAACACCGACAAAGGACCCAAUGCAGAAGCUGGGCCUGACUGUCGAUCAUUUGUGGAAAAGUACGGAAGAUGUCAAGAGGUAAUUGGGCGUGGUUCAUUUGGUGUUGUGCGUAUUUCACAUAAAAAACUUGAACCUGCUACUUCAAGUAAUGCCACUCCUGGAACAAAUGGACAAGAAAAGCUUUAUGCUGUCAAGGAGUUUAAGAAGAAGCCUAAUGAAAAUGAAAAGAAGUACAACAGGCGAUUGACGUCAGAGUUUUGCAUUUCAUCGUCACUAAAACACUUGAACAUUAUCGAUACUUUAGAUCUACUCAAGGAUGCCAAGGGUGAUUACUGUGAAGUGAUGGAAUUUUGCACCGGUGGUGAUUUAUACACAUUGAUUAUUGCUCUGGGUAAACUAGAGUAUGCAGAAGCCGACUGUUUUUUCAAGCAGCUAAUCAGAGGGGUAAACUACAUGCAUGAUAUGGGUGUUGCUCAUCGUGAUUUGAAACCAGAGAACCUACUAUUAACGCAAAACGGUGUUUUAAAGAUUACCGAUUUUGGUAAUUCAGAAUGUUUCAAGAUGGCAUGGGAAGAAGAAGUGCAAUUUUCCGAAGGUAUAUGUGGGUCAUCGCCUUACAUUGCUCCAGAAGAAUUUACUCAGGAGCUGUUUGAUCCUCGUUGUGUCGAUAUUUGGGCAUGUGGUGUCAUCUACAUGGCUAUGAGAACGGGACGUCAAUUGUGGAAAUUGGCAGAUCCCACAAAGGAUGAAUUUUUUGAAGAGUACCUUGUCAAGAGAAAAGAAGCUACUGGCUACGAACCAAUUGAGAGUUUAAAGCGUGCCCGUUGUAGAAAUGUCAUUUAUUCAAUUUUGGAUCCAAAACCAGAGAGAAGAAUAACAGGUAAACAAAUUUUGAAUAGUGAAUGGGGUAGAGAGAUCAAAGUUUGUGAUGCAGGAGAGGGAAUUUCAAAUGAGUCGUGA